UCCAACCAAGCAAGUCAAAAGUCAAGAUGUUCAUCAAGUGCUUUCUUCUGCUGUCGGCAAUCAACUUCCUGUCCGCAGGACGAGUUCCCCAACCGGAAGAACGCAUCAUCGGUGGAAAAGAUAUUGAAAUAGAAGAUGCUCCGUGGCAGGUGGCAAUUCUAUAUCGAGGACGUCAAUAUUGUGGUGGCUCCAUUUACAGCAAGGACAUUAUCAUCACUGCUGCCCACUGCCGCUUUGACGAGAAAGGCAAAAUGCUGAAAACCAAAUACAUCCAAGUUCGCGUAGGAUCCUCAUUAGCAAACAGCAACGGGACUCUCAUCCAGGUGGCAGCAAUUAAAUCACAUGAAGACUAUCCCGACCCGUUAAAAAAUAACGACAUUGCUGUAAUGCGAUUAAGUAAGCCACUUCAGUUCUCCAGCAAAGUGCAGGCGAUACCCUUAGCUGAAAGAAAUCCGUCACCUGGAACUCUUGCGAUGGCUUUUGGUUGGGGAGCAGUGAAAGUAACACCUUCCGUGGGAAAAGAUAUACUUGAACCUCCUAAGCAACUCCAAGGCAUAGACCUUCAAGUACAAAAUUGUUGGAAAUAUUUUAAUGACAUCUCUGGGGAAAACAUUUGUGUCAAAUCUCCUAGGCAGUCGACUUGUCGUGGCGACUCUGGAGGGCCUUUGGUUGUUGACAAGCAACUUGUCGGUGUGACCUCAUGGGGUCCAGCUUAUUGCAAUGACUUCGCAGUCUUCACAGGCGUGCCUUACUUCAGGAACUGGAUUUUAAAUGCCAUUGAUUCUGUUUUAUUAAACGUCGAUUAA